AUGGAGAAUCUGACGGCCAUGAAACCGCAGAGUCCGGUGAACCGGCCCCAAAACAGUCAGGAAUUAGCAUCGUCUUUGCUUGAAGAAUGCAAUAAAUUACUUUCGGAGAUCUCUUCAUUUCAGGCAUACCUUGUAGCUCUAGGAAAGCCAAAUCUGGUUGAGCUACGACAAUUCAAAUCCAUCGUCCAGUCAGAGCUGAAAUCACUACAAAGAUUGGCCGCAAGAGCUGAUGAAGCCGCUGCUGAAGAUGCGGAGGACGCCUCCAGAGUUCAGCAAGAUAAAACGGAUAUUAGGAUACAAGGUCAAGCCAGUGGCAACGAAGAGGAUGGCGAGUACAGUGAUGAGGAAUACCUAGGUCAGGCGGAAUCAAAAGUGGUGCAUUCGUUACGGUCGUCGAACUUCCCAUUUUACGCCAACGUGUGGAGAACCGCAAAGACGAGCUGCACGGGGCUUAUAUCUCUCAACAAGAAAUUCUAUUUUUACAAGCCUGAAAAAGAUCGUGGCACGCAGAGGGAUUAUAAAGACCUGGAAGCAGAUAUUGCUGAACUAAGAAUUGAACCCCGCUUCAAGCCAGGGGCGGAAGAGGCCACCCCUAAAAUGCGCAAGCGAGGUGUUUUAAUUGACAUUGUAGCUGACAAUGGUGAAGAGUGGGUUAAAGUAUCAACCGUCACACCAAAUAGACUGCUCUUUGACCUUGCAAAGCAGGGAUGGGAGAUCGGUUUGAAUUCAGGCUCAGAAGAUGACGAUGAUGGGAGUAAUGUCGCGUCGAUAUCCGGCAUAGACGCCUAUGAUAGUGAAGACGAAGAUGACAUGAUCGAAUUACUAAAGUUGGCUGUUGACAUGAAGAAAGCAGCCGCAGAGGUACGGGUCAGGUAUAAACAUCCGCGUGUCAGGCUGGUCCUGCCUAAGAUAGUGGAAGGACAGGUUGCAGAAAUUGAUAAGAUCAUUCGUAAAGUCCGUACGGUUGGCGUUACCGUCGAAUGUGGUACCGCUGAGACAUCCGGUCUUGACUUUGUGGUAAACAGGAACGAACCCGUCAACAAGGCUAUUGAUGAUGCAGCCACCAUGUUUUCAUCGCUUCUUCCUAGCCCUUUCCCACCUAUGACAUCAACCUUGAACGUUGAUUGCACUUUAUUGCUGGCAUUUGUGUCUGAUCUGUCUCACGCACGAGACCUUGAGUGUAUGCCAUCAUACCACCCGGCUAUUAACCGCCAAAUCGAGCUCGAGGCCGAGAAACCGUUGCUGUUGUCUGAAUUAUGGCCUGCUGCAGGAGACAGGAACCUGGUCUGCACUACAAGGGCAGCAAAGAGAAUGCGAGAGAUUGUAGAGACAAUAGGGACGCCCAGAGAAAAGGAGCGUACUAGGCUAUUGAUGGGAGAGGCUGAAGAUGUCCCUGACAGGGAAACCCUCAUAUCCAAGUUUCAAAAUCUGUCCGACUAUACCAUCCCGCUAGACUGGAAACUUCCUAUCAAAGUGGUGGAUGCUCAGAGUGACAUUGAUCGUGGUUGGAAAGACGGCUCUCUUCCAUUUAUUGCGAGAAAGAUUGCACAAAACCUGAGCGAUAUUAAUCGAAGUGUGUUCCUAUAUGGAUGGGCCGCUGAGUUAACAACAAUAUCAAGUAACCGAACUGUGGUAAAACAGAUCGAGACCUGGAUUGAGGAGCAGCGUGGUGAUGAUGAUGAGGUUUGCGGCCCGACAGUGUGGGUAUGUGAUACUGCUCGCAGUCUGAUUGGUAAAGAUAGUAGCAGAGCUAUAUAG